AUGUCCUUCGUGGAGCUGCUGGCCCGCCUGGGUGGCAUGGGCCGCUUCCAGGUGACCUACGUGGCCGCGCUGGCCACGCCACUGCUCAUGCUGGCCAGCCACAACCUCCUGCAGAACUUCACCGCCGGCACCCCCGCGCACCACUGCCGGGCCCGGCCCGCGGCCAACGCCACCGCGGCCGGCGUCCCCCCGGUCGUGUCCAUCCCCCUGGACGGCCACCGCCGGCCCCAGAGCUGCCGCCGCUACGUGGAGCUCCAGUGGCACCUCUUGGACGUCAACGGCUCGGCCGACGCCGCGGCCAACGGCACGGCCGCCGGGGCGGCCACCGAGCCGUGCCGCGACGGCUGGACGUACCUGGAUGGCAUCUUCACCGACACCAUCGUCACUGAGUGGGACCUGGUGUGUGACUCCAAGAAGCUGAAGCAGGUGGCCCAGUCCAUCUACAUGGCCGGGAUCCUGCUGGGCUCCUGCCUCUUCGGGGUCCUCUCCGACAAGUUCGGGCGCCGGGUGCUGCUCACCUGGUGUUACCUGCAGCUGGGGGCGACGGGGGUGGGCACGGCGGCUGCCCCGUCCCUGCUGAUCUACUGCGUGUGCCGCUUCCUGACCGGGCUGGCCAUGGCCGGCGUGUCCCUCAACUCCGCCUCGCUCUGCAUGGAGUGGAUCCCGACGGAGGCGCGGGCCGUGGUGGGGACCAUCAAUGGCUACUGCUACACCCUUGGCCAGUUCGUGCUGGCGGCCGUGGCCUUUGGGCUCCCGCGCUGGCGGCAGCUCCAGCUCGCCGUGUCCCUGCCCUUCUUCGUCUUCUUCUUCUACUCAUGGCUGUACGUGGAGUCGGCGCGCUGGCAGGUGAGCUCGGGCCGAGCCGACCUGGCCCUGCGGGGGCUCCGCAAGGUCGCGCGGAUCAACGGCAGGAAGGAGGAGGGGGACAAGCUCAGCGAGGAGGCGCUGCGGGCUCUGGUGCGCCGGGAGCCGCCGCUGCCCGGCGGGGCCGUGGCCGCGCUCGCCCGGACCCCCGGCAUGAGGACGGUGUCGUGCGGGGUCUCCUUCGUCUGGUUCUCCACCAGCUUCGCCUACUACGGGCUGGCCAUGGACCUGCAGGGCUUCGGCUUCAACGUCUACGUGAGCCAGCUGGUGUUCGGCGCCGUGGACAUCCCGGCCAAGCUCCUGUCCGUGCUGGUCAUCUCCUGCCUCGGCCGGCGCCCGGCCCAGGGCGGCGCCCUGGUGCUCGCCGGCCUCUGCAUCCUGGCCAACAUCUUCGUGCCCAGCGAGCUGCCGACGCUGCGCAUGGCCUUCGCCGUGGUUGGGAAGGGCGCCUUGGCCGCCUCCUUCAACUGCGCCUACAUCUUCACUGGGGAGCUCUUCCCCACCAUCAUCAGGCAGACGGGGAUGGGCCUGGGGGGCACCAUGGCCCGCGUGGGCAGCAUGGUGGCGCCCCUGGUGCGCAUGAUGGCCGACGUCAGCCCGGCACUGCCGCUCGUCAUCUACGGCGCCGCGCCCGUCAUCUCGGCCAUCGCCACCUGCUUCCUGCCCGAGACCCGCAACGCGCCCCUGCCCGAGACCGUCAAGGACGUGGAGAGGCGGGCGGGUCACCUCGAGGACGACGACGUCGCCGUCCCCCUGAGCAGCACCAAGAGCAAGGACGGCGCCUGAGGGGGGUUUGGGACCCCCGGGGGGAUUUUGGGGCCGGGACCCCCCUGGAGCCCCCCAGCCCCUCCCCCCCACGUUAUUUAUUCAAUCCCAAUAAAAUCUCGUGGGAAUUUCGGGAUCCGGCUCCGCCCGCGGCCGUUCUGGGGGGGGGAGAAGGAUUUGGGGACGUCCCCACCCCCAAAGGGGGCUCCGACAUCAGGGGACCCCCCGGGAGCUCGUUAGCGAGGAUUAAUUGGAAUUCCCGGAGCUCGCCGGCCUUUGCCCCAGUUCCGGCGAUUUGGCUGCAAAAUAAAUCUGGGAAUGGGAUUAAUUCGCAUUUCCA